ACAAACUAAAAGAAUUAUAUUCAAACUUAAAUUCUAAACUUGCAAAUUAUUUUAAAUUUAUAUUAUUAUAUUAGACAAAAUAAAGAUAAUAAUAAAGCAAUAUUCUCUUCUUUUGAUGUUUCUUACCAGGAUUAGAAGGAAAGAACAAGUAAUAUUAAAACCAUAGAGAUUUUAAAUGCCUCCUGAGCAUCAUUUUUUGCUAUCUUAGACACAAACCCAGUUUGAGAGUUGGGAGAAAAAAAUAAAAAAAAAAGAUGGAGUUACAACAUUUUGGGCAUUCACAUCCGUUGGUGGUGUCCAAUGAAAUCAAAGAAGCAAACUGCUCAAUGUGCGGGGAGGCGGUGUCGGCUCCAACCUUUUGUUGUGUUGAAUGUGGAUUUUACCUCCACAUAAAAUGCGCUGAGGCACCCUCAGAGAUUCAUCAUCCUUUCCAUCCCAAUCAUCCUCUUGUUCUUUUACCAAAGCCACCAUACGAGCUGGGGGCAAGUUGCGAUUUCUGCGGCGAAAAGUGUGAGCUCUUUGUUUAUCAUUGUCCUUGUAAUUUAGACUUUCAUAUCAAAUGUGGUUUAUUUACCCUUAACAUUGCUGAAAAGAAACUUGGACAGCUUGAACACGUGGCCAUCAAAGAUCCAUUGAUCUCCAUUGAAGAUGGUCAAAAACAACUUGAAACCGCCGAGUGUUUUGGGUGUUGGGAACCAUUAUUAGAAUCUGCAUACUUUUCUCUUGAUUCUGGGUUUCACCUACAUAAGAAAUGUGCUGAGCUUCCUCAUGAAAUCAAUCACCCCCUUCACAACAAACAUCCUCUCAUUUUACAGUUUAAUGGUGGACGCUUCUCUUGUAAAAUAUGUCUACAAGAGCCAUCUACCAAGGGAUUUAUUUAUUUUUGUUUGCCUUGUGAGUUUGCCCUUCAUAUUAAAUGUGCCGAGUUACCUCCUCAAAUCAAUCACCCCUGUCACCGGAGACAUCCUCUUAUUUUACAAUUUAAUAGUGACAAUCUUCCCUGCAAGAUAUGCCAAGAAACCCAACUCCAAACUUUUGUUUAUUAUUGUUCAUCUUGCAAGUUUUCCCUUCAUAUUGAGUGUGCCUCACCACCGCUUACCAUUAAAGGAAAAAAUCACCAACACCCAUUCACCCUGUCUUGGAAACGACACUCCUUCAUUUGUGAUGCAUGUGGCCUCAAGGGGGAUUAUGCUGCCUAUACAUGUUUUGCAUGCGACCUUCUAAUCCACAAAAAAUGCAUUUCACUACCACCCAUCAUCAAAGUCCCACGACAUCACCAUCCCAUUUUCCAUAACUAUUUCCUUCCUGAGAAUGAGUUCAAAAAUUGGGAUUGCGAAUUUUGUGAUACUGAAGUGGAUAUAGAGUAUGGGAGUUAUUGUUGCUUGGAUUGCAAUUUUAUUGCCCAUGUGAAAUGUGCGACAGAGAGAGAAGGUUGGUACGUUGUAAUUGAGGCAAAAGAUGAGGAUGAGAAGCUUCAUGAUGAUGAUGGUUCUAUUAAUCCCAUCACUUGUGUAACCGAGAAAAAUGAAAGUGGAGAAAUAGCAAAAAUAAAACAUUUCAGCCAUGCACAUAACCUAAUAUUAAGUGACGACAAUAUCAUGGAGAAUGAUAAAUGUUGUGAUGGUUGCACGCUACUCAUCUCAAAUUCAUUUUACUAUUGUUCAUCCCAGUGUGAUUUCUUUCUUCACAAAACUUGUAGUAAAUUGCCAACUAGGAAGAAGCAAUUCUGGUCUCAUAGAUGUCUACAACCUCUCGUCAUUGCUGUCGGCUACCUUUUCAAAUGUAGAUUUUGUCGUUUUGAGUGUAAUGGCUUUUCCUAUAAAUGUAAUGCAUGUAAUGAUCACUAUUGUCUUCGAUGUGCAAUUGUUGAUUAUAGGAUCAUACAUCAAGCACAUGAACACCCUCUCUUCUUUAAUCGUAAUUAUGAAGGAUGGUGCAGUGCUUGCGGUGUUACGGGGAGCAGUCCAUUUAGAUGUAAGCGUUGCAAUUUCUCUUUGUGUACAAAUUGUUUAGGGCUACCGUUUACAAAUGGACACAAGUGUGAUAAACAUCCACUUGCACUCACUUAUCAUGAGGGUAAUGGUUAUUCAGAAUAUCAUUAUUGUGACAUCUGUGAACAAGAAAGAGAUCCGAAUCUUUGGUUUUAUCAUUGUGCUACAUGUGAGACUUCUGCUCAUCCUAAAUGUGUUCUUGGAAGGUAUGGGUUUAUCAAACCAGGAAGCAUUUACAAAGAAAAUGAUCUGCAUCCACACCCUCUCACUUUUGUGAAGAAGACUCAUUUUUAUCCUGCAUGUCAAAAAUGUUGUAAACCCUGCGAAGAUUUGGCUCUUGAAUGUGCAGAGUCAACGUGCAAUUAUGUUGUCCAUUGGGAAUGUGUAAAACCUCCUUACCUCAAUGGUCCUCCUAGAGUCAGUAGUAAAAGGCCAAUUGCACUGUAUAAAACUCAGACAGAUGCCAUGGCUCCUGAUAGUUAAAGAUCAUAGCCAUUUCAAGUUUGCUGGAAAAAGUGACGAUUCUGAUGAACAAGGGUUCAAAGGGAAGGAAGCCACAGUAGCAGAUUCGAUCGCAAGGAAGUGAAAGCUUGGUUUUCGUCUGCCUUACCUUUACUUGGAGUCGCAUGCAUGCAGUUCUGUUGGUCUCUUUGUUAAGAAAAAUAUCAAAUACUUGUGCUGAUCCUUGGAAUUGAGGAGAGUUGCUGAAUUAACUUCUAUUCUAAGUAUAAAAUAAUUGGGAUUCAUCUCAAAUUUGUGUGUUGUGUGCUUUAAUCUCUGAUGUUGUUGGUGUUGUUAUUGUUGUUUUAUGAGCUACUUUAAUAUAUUUUUUAUUGGAUCAAAUGAAUGGAAACCAUAUUAUAAUUUU